GGGAGGUAGAAAGUUUGUCAAACAAAACGCAGAGAAAUGAAACUAGGCAAUAUAAGCAACGGGUUAGCAUUGGAUGUUCCCAAGAUGGGAUAUAUUCAAUUAACGUAAAUGCUGUUGUUUUAGAAGUAGGAUUCUUAGAGGUUAUCGGCAAUGCCCUCUACACUGAUAUCAAAAAAUUAAACGAUGACACUGAAAAAGUGUUGAAGUGUAUGCAAAUUUGUAUUCAUUAUCAACGUCAACACUAUUUAUCACGUGGGGUUACUGAACAACAAGUAUCCUUUGUUGAAUCAUAUGGAAUUGUCGUCUACC